AUGGAACGUCCGACAGUUCAUCCCCAUGACCAAACAGUGCAACGAAAUCGUCUUUCCACGGGUCUUGUUCGACCGAAUGGGUCCACUAACUCCGAGCAACAUCAGCAGCAGCAGCAGCCGCAACAACAACAACAAAUUGUACUUAGCUAUGCCAGACCAGCCCUUGAUUCUACAUACCCGCGGCAGACCGCAGUGUACGAGCGUCGGCACAAUGGUGCCGUACCGUCUCACGUUCCAAUUGAACGGAUGGAGUUCGAUUUGGAUGGCACUGUGCGGCAUCUCACAUCAUCGCAACGUGUUCGACUCACUCAAGAUCUGGCAAUUGUCGAGACCAAUGUCAACGUGUUGAACGAUAUGCUUGCCGAAUUGAGACCGGAUACUGUUGGACCGGAUGAUUUGACCUUACUACAGGAAUUGUAUCAAACGUGCCGUGCCAUGCAUCAGCGGGUGGUUGAGUUCCUCAGUCAAGUAUCCGAUGAAGAGGUGACACCGUGUCUUUUGCAAGUGAAUGACAAUCUGAACAACGCAUUUUCUCGAUAUGAACGGUUCGAGCGCUAUCGAAUACGCGCCCUACGAUCAGAGAUGAUGUCAGAUGCUGCUGCAUUAGAUUUGGCCAGUGUUCGAUUCAGCUCUUAUCAUGGGGCACAUCCGACUGGAGCACUUCGUCUGGCUGCUCGACCGCAAAACACACAAAGCCCAAUGUUGGCCAUUACCUCGGGACGUAGUGUCCCUGUCAGCGGUCGAGCUGUAGUAGUGAAUUUCCAAUGGUCCACCAACCCGGUGAAAACCCCGGAUAUCGGCUUUUCGUCCUCUCACCUUGGUGGGAAACACCGCCAGGAGAAUGCAGUGAGUAGGGCUUCCUCAGCAGAGGCUAUUGGAGACGCUUAG